AUGAUUUGUGAGGUGCGAGGCGUCUUCCCGACGUCCCAAACAAUGCGCGGAGUCUGCGGGGGAGGCAGAGGGCGGCCGCCGGCGGGACCGGCAGCAGGGCUAAGCACUCGCACGCACUCACACACUCACACGCACUCCCAGGCGUACACACCACCUCCGUGUGGAUCAGGAGGCAGGCAGGCACCCUCGCCCUCACGCAUUGCCACGCAUCCCCAACCCACACCCACAUAUAUGUAUUUUUGCCCUGAAAAAAGUGUAAAUAAAGCCUCGCUGGCCCCCAAUGAGGCGUUCCUUUCCGACUUUUUUGGAUCAAUCAAACAGACAGUGGCUUCUUUUGAUUAA